AUGCAUGAUGGCUUCGUGGUAAGAGGGGUUCAGGGUGAGCUCAUACACCUGGAGAACUUUGGCUACAUGGAGAAAAAGAAGCACAUGCAAAGAAUGGAUUCUGAACACAGCACAACAGGAGCAGAGUACAGGGUGUGCUUCUGGGUCAACAGGUCCUGGCAAACUCAGGAAGAUGACCAGUCAGAGACCAGGAUUACAGCUGGGGCCACAGAGCCCGUUUUCUGCUCAGCCACUCCCAUCCAGGCUCAUUACAGCGAACAAGAGAAAGAGAAAGCAAGAGGGAGUGGACCUGCAAAGACUGUUGUUACACGGUUUCCCGAAGUCCCAGAAAUAGACAGCCAGACUUCCGACUGGCAGAGCCACUGUGCUAACCACCAGACCGCACUGCCAGAUAAGAAACAUGUUAGGUUGUACCCUAUUUCCUUCAUCAGCUCCAGUUUCUCAAAUAUCUUGAAUUUCAGAAAGCCUCACCGUGAUCCUAAGAUUUGGAGAAGGUGGAAAGACCUUCCCGAGAGAGGAGGGAGCCCCGGGAGCGCGGCACGGUCCCCACCCCCAGGCCGCCGCCCCCUGCCUGCCCUCGGCGGCUGGCUGCGCUCGGGGACCCGCUGGAGCGCGGCGACUGUCCUUGAGCGCGGAGGGCCGAGCUCGCAUCCCGAGCGCCGGAGCAAGAGGAGGCGCAGGAGCGGCGGCGGCGCCCGAGCACCCGAGGGGGUCCGAGCCCCCGCAGCCGGCCAGCCCCGCGCCACAAAGGGAGCGCCCCCGCUGCCUGGCACGCCACCUCCCUCCCCAAUGUCCUCGGCCAUCGAGAGGAAGAGCCUGGACCCGUCUGAGGAACCAGUAGAUGAGGUGCUACAGAUCCCCCCAUCCUUGCUGACAUGCGGUGGCUGCCAGCAGAACAUUGGGGACCGCUACUUCCUGAAGGCCAUUGACCAGUACUGGCAUGAGGACUGUCUCAGCUGUGACCUCUGCGGGUGCCGGCUGGGCGAGGUGGGCCGGCGCCUCUACUACAAGUUGGGCCGGAAGCUCUGCCGGAGAGACUAUCUCAGGCUUUUUGGCCAAGAUGGUCUCUGCGCCUCCUGUGACAAACGGAUCCGAGCCUAUGAGAUGACCAUGCGGGUGAAAGACAAAGUGUAUCACCUGGAAUGUUUCAAGUGUGCCGCCUGUCAGAAGCAUUUCUGUGUGGGUGACAGAUACCUCCUCAUCAACUCCGACAUUGUGUGUGAACAAGACAUCUAUGAGUGGACUAAGAUCAACGGCAUGAUAUAGGCCAAAGUACCACCCCCACUCCCAUCCCCACCCCCACCCCAGGGAGUGGGGAGUCAUUUCCCUGAAGUCACUGUCUCCAUGGGGGGCUUCACUCACAGGCACUUGGGGGAUUUGAGGGUGGGGUGAGGCAGUUCUUAGGGGAAGGAACACUCUCACUGGGCAUCAAGACGCAGCAUCCUAGUGACAUAUGGAAGGGACCAGAUGUAAAUGUGACAGAAGCAAUAGCCUUUAGGGAGAACUUAUGGCCCCCUCUGUAGGAACUACAUGGCUCGUGAGGGCGCACUGGGUGGCAGGAGGUGCUGAGGGCUUUCACAUCUGCAGGGACUUCUUAGGAUGUUGACCCUUGAAAACUAAAGAUGUGCAAUUGAUUUCUUUCCUUCCUGGCUUUUCUACCAGCCCCGUCCCAGUCACCAUCCUCCACACACCAGAAGGACAGAGAGGAGAGUGGUCAUCCUUUUAUUCUUGGCCACCCUCCCAAGGCCUUAAGCUUUGGGCCCAAGGGAAAGUGCAUGGAGACAGAUUUCAGAUGAGAAUGGAAGCUGCAACUUUUAACCAAACAAUUAUUUAAAGCAAUGCUGGUGAAUCACUGUUUUUAGACACCUUCAUUUUUGAGGUGAGGCAUUCCACAGAUUGUUUCUAUACAAAUAAUGUAAAUCUAAAACAAAAAGUUGCUCAACUAUUUUAUUAUCUUAGAUUAUAUCGAACUAUUUGUUGUGUGUAGUUAAAAAAAAUUCUGCAGACAA